UGAUCAUCUCUGUACUUUCUCUUCAAAUUAAUCUGAUUUCGAAAUUAUGCUAUUCGUUGGAAAUUGGAAUGCUGCUUCCCUAACCACAUUUUGGUCCUGAUGAACCCUCUCUCUUUAAGGACCUACGAUCAAAAUUAUGGAUUCCGAGCCGCUUUCGCUAUCUAUGGAAUCAACAGCAGCUGCCACAAAGAUGCCCAGGAGACGCAGUCCACUGCAUACGUGCGGAGCUUCAAUCUCUGCAAUUGCAUCCAAAGCCUACACAAAAACUAGAGAUUCCAAUGGACCAAUUGGAUCAAUGACAAAAAGAAUGACCAAGUUAGCUGCAUUUACAUUCCCAUUGAUCCAUGCCAUGCAAUGCCAAUGGCUAGCACUUCUCUCGUUUGUUGAUGAUCAUAUCCUAGGUGUUGAGAAAAUAAUUGAAAAGGUUUUCCCUCCAUCUACCAGAUUGUUUGACGAACUAGAUGAGUUCCUCCGAAUUGCAGAGACUCUACCAGGAAAGUUUGAUGAACAUGUUAGCAAAUUCCCUGAUUUUGUCCACCAAGUUCCAUUUCUUGAUUUUGCGUUGACAUUUUUGAUAUCAUGGUUGAGGUUUUUGGUCUCUAAAUUGACUCACUGGGGAUCAAACAACACGAAGGAGAGGGAAAUAAGAGUUGAUAUAAACUGUGACAAUCUCAAUAUAGAAGGAGAAUCAGCAGAGCAAGUGUACUUGAAUAUAGAAUCGCCAAGCCACAUUUCUAUAUCUGCUUCUUCGCUAAAUGAGCCAGAGAUGGUUCGCCAAGAACACGGUCCUGUAGAUUCUUCAAUGGAUACUCAGAGUGAAAAUGUGGAAAGGUUCUCACAUGUGUCUAAUUGUGCAGAAGAUGAGACCAAGACAUUUACUAAAUCAUUUAAGUCGGUUGUUAUGGAGUGCAGUUACAAGGAAAUGCUAGAGAAAGGGAAAAAGGAAAGCACAGAAAAUGCAUACGGAAGCUUUAAGGGGGAUAGUCCUGAAGCAAAUACUACUGAGGAAGAAGUUGUAGAGAGCUGUAAGAAGGAUGCGAACAAGAGCAUUGGAAAGGAGCAUCCGAUUUUGGAACUAUUCGAAGCAAGUUGGCACAUGAAACCUGGAAAAGUAGGUAAAUGAGGCCAUAGCCACGAAUUUCUUUCAAAACAAAUGAAAGAAUGCAAGUUGGAUUAUGGCAUGCCCUAGUAGAAUUCUGUCAGUUUCAGAUUUUAGACUUUACAAAAAGCACUCCAUAACGGAGUAGAUGCCAAUGUUUUUCAACUACCAGCAGCCUAUUAUACAAGUUGCUUGUGUUGCGGUACUAUUUUGUUUGGUGAUGGGUAACACUCUCUGGGGUUGAUCUUGUCGGUUUAGAAACUACUGUUUAGCAAGUAACGCGUUCUUAGUAAUGUACCAUUCCUUAAAGGCAACUGAAUAUGAGAUUGUUUUCCCUGCUUGUUUUUCUUGCCUUUUGAGGCAUCUCUCAUCAAAUUUUCCUUCUCCACGUUUUUCCAAUAAAUGAUGCACCACGUUUUUCUAGAGCCUGGCAAGAUCAUGUAUGUAAACCAAUUGAGAGUAGCUAGUGUACCUAAUUAAUGACUUGAAAAACUUAUCUGUAAGACUAUCCAUCUCUCGUCAUCUAAGAUUUGUGUAUGUUCCCGAGAGGAUUUCAAUCUCUUGAAUAACAAGAUGCCGUGCCAUGGACGACUCAAAUAAGUCGGAGAGAAAGUGUCGGAGGUUUGUUGGAUGAGCAAGAUGGCCCACGUCCUCGUCUAACAGCCAUUUCCCUAGCAAAUACAUUCCAUUCAUCCAUGACCAAGAAAUAGCACUUCUGGAUCGAAAGAAGUUUCAAGGAUGAAGCUUGCGCAUUUUGCUUAUCGGUGCCAACAUAGUUGGGAUACCAGAUUUUCCCGUUGGCUUUGGGUUCUUUUUAGGGUCUUAUAUACUGACUCAACCCCAAUUAAUGG